AUGAGCGAGAAGGCAGUAAACGCGAACAGCAACAAUAGCGCCAUCAACUACGCAAAUUAUGCAUCAGAAUUCCUCACGUGCCAUCUAGGCUACACGCCGCUGGCGCUAGUGGACGACUAUGUGAACCACUUCAAUGAGCCGGUGGGGGGGAUAAUGGAUGCGAUAGAAGAUUUCUUCGUUGCGCUGCUAGCUGAGCAGGGGCUGGACCUCGAUGGGGAUGGGCGCGUACAGGGCGAGGUGCGCGCGGGCAUACACCGUCUUCAAACCCUCCUCGAGCAUCUAAUCGAUAAGAACGUAGACAAACUCGAGAUAUACCUCCUCCGCAACAUCCUCACUCUCCCCUCUGAGCUCGCGUGCGUUCCCACCGCGUUUCUCCCUCACUACCGGGAGCUGGAUCUGGAGGCGGCGGGCCAAGGCGCAGACGACCACGAUUCCGACACAAACGCGCUGGAAAUAAGCCUGGAUGGCAAACGGGGCGAAUUGGCUAGGCUGGAGAAGAUUAACCGGCGUUUACGCGCAGUCGAGAGGGGGAAGAAGCGCACUGUGGAUCGCUCGCUUGCUCAAUCUACCCACCGUAAAGCCCUCCUCGCCCAACUAGCAAGCGUCGCCGACAGACACGUCACCCUCGCUGCUAAUGUCCGCUCCAUGCAUAGCUCCCACCUCCUCCUCAAGGAUGCUGAGCCAUUUGGUGUCGUUUUGGGUGGUGCGCAGGAUCCACAGGAUUCACAGCACUCCUCCCAUCCCUGGCAAUCCGGUCGCAUCGGCUACCUUAAUUGGCAGACUAGCCGGCUCGUGAGCGACGAAGGCGUCGGGUUCGUCAAGGGCCAGCUCGAGCACGUCGCUGCAGUUGGCGAUUUACAGCGGUUGCUCGGUGUUUGA